GAUGAUGAUGAUGAUGAUGAUGCAAGAACGUAAGAAUCUGAGCAUCAACGACAUUGAUCUCUCACUCCUCCGCCUCUCAUCCCCACCUUAUGAUGACUCCUUCUUCUCCCCUGGUUCCGACGAGUCCGAUCAUCCCAAACGAAGGAGACUCUCCUCUCAAGACCCAAUCUUUAUCUCCUCUCCUCUUCGCUCCACCCACCCUGAACCCCAUUCCUCCACCAUCGACGACCAGAUUCUCACCGCAGCCCACGCAAGCCCUGUUUUGACGAAGCAAGAAACGUCGCCGUCUGCUUCCAAGAAUCCUGAUACAGAGACGAUGAAGAUGGUUAACAAUCACGUGGAGGAGGUCAAUCAAGAAGAGACUAACUAUGAUGCUUACGAGGAAGAAGAAGAUUGUGGAGAAGGGAUGAGGAUAGAAAGAUCUGGAGAUGGGUUUGUAAUUAGGUUGAAGUGUAGAUGCAAUCUAGCUUAUAGGGUUCUUUUCUCCGAUCACCACCUCUACUUCAAGUCUCUCUAA